GAAACCUUGGACAAUGGGAAGCCAUUUGUGGAUGCAUACGAUGAUGGUAAAUGCGCUGUUCAAGAGCUGCGUUAUUACGCAGGAUGGGCUGACAAAAUUGUGGGACAAACUAUCCCAGUUGAUGGGAACUUUUUCUGUUACACUCGUCACGAACCCAUUGGAGUUGUUGGAGCUAUUAUUCCUUGGAACUUCCCCGUCUUCAUUCUGACACAGAAGUUGGGACCCAUACUAGCAGCCGGAUGUUGCUCAGUCAUAAAGCCUGCAGAACAAACUCCUCUGACAACUCUUUACAUGGCGUCACUCAUCAAAGAGGCAGGGUUUCCCCCAGGGGUA